AUCCACCCAUCAUACACCCAUUAUCCACCAAUCAUCCACCCAGCACCGUCCACACGUCCUGCUCCACCCAGGCCACCAAGGUGAGAGCUCCUCCACCCGUCAUCCUUCUGUCAUCCAUCCAUUAUGCACUCAUCAUACACCCAUCAUCCACCCAUCAUCCACCCAUCCAUCUGUCAUCCAUCCAUCAUCCACCCAUCAUCCAUCCAUCCAUCAUCCAUCAUCCAUCUGUCAACCACCCAUCAUCGGUCUGUCAUCCAUCAUCCAUCCAUCAUCCAUCUGUCAUCAACCCUUCAUCUGUCUGUCAUCCAUCCAUCAUCCACCCAUCAUCCUUCUGCCAUCAUCCAUCCAUCAUCCACCCAUCAUCCUUUUGUCAUCCAUCUACCAUCCAUCCAUCAUACACCCAUCAUCCAUCUGUCAUCCUCCAUCCAUCAUCCACCCAUCAUACACCCAUUAUCCACCCAUCAUCCACCCAGCACCGUCCACACGUCCUGCUCCACCCAGGCCUCCAAGGCCGUCAGCAACAAGGAGCAGCACAGUAUCUCCUACACUCUGUCCCGGGCCCAGACGGUGGUGGUGGAGUACACCCAGGACAGCAACACAGACAUGUUCCAGAUCGGACGCUCUACGGAGAAUCCCAUCGACUUUGUGGUGACGGACAUGGUGCCCGGCGCUCAGGCCCUCGCCCAGCCGGCGGCUCAGAGCACGAUUUCCCGCUUUGCGUGCCGCAUCAUCUGCCAAAGGAACCCGCCGUACUCUGCACGGGUCUACGCUGCCGGCUUCGACUCCUCCAAGAACAUCUUCCUCGGGGAGAGGGCGGCCAAGUGGAGGAUGCAGGACGGCCAGAUGGACGGACUGACCACCAAUGGCGUCCUGGUGAUGCACCCGCGUCACGGCUUCAGCCAGGACUCCAGACCCGGCCUGUGGAGGGAGAUCUCCGUCUGCGGCAACGCCCUCACGCUGCGGGAGACCAGGUCCGCUCAGCAGAGAGGGAAGACGGUUUCCUCCGAGUCCAACGAGUUGGUGGACGGUUCGCUCAUCGACCUGUGCGGCGCCACCUUGCUGUGGCGGACGGCUGAGGGCCUGGCCCACACCCCCACCGUCAACCACCUGGAGGCGCUGCGGCAGGAGCUGAACGCCGGGCGGCCUCAGUGUCCUGUGGGCUUCAACACGCUCGCCUUCCCCAGCCUGCGCCGCAGGGACGUCCUGGACGAGAAGCAGCCCUGGGCCUACCUGCGCUGCGGCCACGUGCACGGCUACCACGGCUGGGGGGGGCGCCGCCACCCCGAGGUGGAGGCGGCAUGUCAGGAGAGGGAGUGCCCCAUGUGCCGGGCGCAGGGCCCCUAUGUGCCGCUGUGGCUGGGCUGCGAGGCGGGGUUCUAUCUGGACGCAGAACCCCCCACUCACGCCUUCGUCCCCUGCGGACACGUCUGCUCCCAGAGCACCGCGGCGUACUGGAGUCAGAUCCGCCUGCCGCACGGCACGCACGCCCUCCAGGCCGCCUGCCCGUUCUGCAUCCGGCCGCUGGGCGGAGACCUGGGCUGCGUCAGACUCAUCUUCCAGAGUCCACUGGACUAGAGACCAAUCAGACGACUGCACAGCACAACGAGCUCUGACUCCGGGAACCUUUCAUCAUUUAAUCCUGACAAUGAAAUGAAUUUAACUUAAUUUGACAAAUUUAUGUAAUUUAAUGAUUUCUGCUCUUUCUUAAUUUAUAAGUAUGAUUCUGACAGUUUUGACUUCAACAUCAUGUUUGAUUUAUUUAUUAUUUUAUCUCUUCAGUCUUUUGUAAAUGAAUUUAACAGCGUUUCCACUAAGACUUAUUUCUGUGUCUAUUCAUGAAUGUUUUGAUAUUUGAUCUGUUUCUCUGGAACUUAAUAAAACACGUGUCCACUUCCUCUGGUUUUACAAACAUGAAACUAAAAUCUCUCUGAUACAAACACGGCCAUCUUGUGGUGAAGACAUCAUGUGGAGAGAAGAAGAAUCUCUUUCAUCAAACACUUAAUUAAAUCAACUCAAUGAAACAUGGUUUUGGAUAUUCAUGAUCAGGAGAAGGAUUUCUGACGCCAUCAUGUGAUCCCCUGACCUUUUCUCUAGCGCCACCAUGAGGCCAAACUUCCAGGUGUAAAUAAGGAAUCCAUAAAUGUUAUGUUUCCCACCUUGAAAUGUGAAGAGAACAACAUCAGACUUUAAAAACACUUGUCAGAUAUGAACUAGAUUAUAAAACAGAGUUAUAGAUUUAAGAACCGUUAUCUCAUUGAUAAAAUACAAAAAUGAGCAUUUCACAGUUUUAUAGAUCACAUCAGACCAAGAACUGAUUCACCUAGAUU